AUUUCAAAUCUCUCUCUCGCUCUCUCUCUCUCUCUCAUCUCUCUCUACAACACACUCCUCACUUCAACAUGCCUCUGCAACUGACGAUCGUCUCCAUCGUCAUCCUCCUGGCGUCCUUCUACUUCGGCCGUGCUGUCGCUAUCUCCUCCGCCGCAGUCUCUCCGGCGCCGGACUCUGCCGUUCCGUACUUCCACGAUGACGUCACCAAUCUCUUGGAGCCGAUUCUCACGAACCUCGGCUUUCAGGAGCUGGCUAUGGCGGUUCCGUCUCUCUCCGACGCUUCUUACACUACGUGGAGCGGUCCUUCCACUCUCUUCGCUCCUGACGACGCUUCGAUUCGCGCUUGCACCGCUGCUUCUUGCUCCGUCGCUCGUCUCCUCCGUGAACACAUCGUUCCAGGUCUAUUCACGCACGAUUACCUGAAAAAACUCGCAUUCGGCACGAAGAUCGAAACGAUGGAUCCAGGUCGGUGCAUAACAAUCACCUCCGCCACCGACGUCCGCACAAACGCCUCCAAAAUCUUCAUCGGCGGCGUGGAGAUAACGCGUCCUGAUCUCUUCAACAACGGCCUCUUAGUCAUCCACGGCAUCCAAGGCUUUCUCGCGCCUCUCUCUCCCUUCUCCUGUAACGUCGAGAGAAUGAAUUCUCUCUCGUUUCCGUAUCAGCCUCAUCAUCAUCAUCCUUCCGCCGCUCCGUUCUAUCUCAUGCGAUUGAUGCUUCGCGACGCGAUGCUAAGGCUUCGAAGCACCGGAUUCAGUGUUUUAUCGCUGGCGAUGAAAGUCAAGUACGCGGAGCUUGUUAGUCUCAACAGUAUGACUGUUUUUGCAAUUGACGAUCAGUCAAUUUUCUCCGGUUCGCAUUCGUAUGUCAGUAGUGUCCGGUUUCAUAUAGUUCCGAACCGGUUGCUUCCGAUUUUCGAUCUCGAGAAGAUUCCGGUAGGGACUGAGUUGCCUACGCUUGAGCAAGGAGAGUCUCUGUUAGUGACCGCUGCUGGCGGGAGAGCAACGCCGAUUCGGAUCAAUUACGUGCGGAUCAAGGUGCCGGAUGUGAUUCGGAACCUGAAGAUCGUUGUUCACAGUGUUUACUUACCGUUUCCGCAUCUUCACAACACGGCUGCUGCUGCUACUGCAGCAUCUGCGCUUUCACCAUACGGAGUUGCUGCAUUUCCUGAGUUCAAUACCACUGAAUCGUGUGCUGCGACUGAGGGAGCUGUUCCAGGCGUUUGUAGUAGCGAGGUGGCACCGACUGCUCAGGUCCAGCCGCAGCCACAGUCACAGCCGCAGCACGAUCAUAUGUUCGACGUGAACGAAGAGCAUCACGGCCUGUGAUGCCGUCUCUGUUUGAGUUAGCUGCUUGUAACUACUAGUGUGUAUGGUUCUUGUUUGUAGAGAUCAUUCUAUCGCUUGAUGCUAUU